UCUCGCCACAGAGUGUUUUUGGUUAGCACGUGUGUCUAGAGUUUUUGUUUAUUUUGUGUGUUUAAGUGACUUUUUGUGACUUGUUUUUGUUUCUGUGUAUUGUCCUUGUGUGCGUUUUUGAUUGUGAACGUUUUCCGUUUAGUUAAGUAAGUCUUUAACCCAAUAUGGACCGCAACAAACCUCCCGACCCUGAUCCGCCUGACAUCUCUUUUGCUCCGCCAUCCCCCAAUUACCCACUUUCCCAAUUCGCAGAUGUUGCUUGCAGCAUCGCGGAGUCCCAAAUCCCUUCCCAUUCCGAAUCCCAAUCCUCAUCUAACCAGAACGGUAGGAAACGUUCUGGAGAAGAUAACAAUGCGUACAAACCGGCUAAGCAGCAGAGAAAUCAAAUAGGUCGCAGUAGAUACUCUGCCACGGAUAAAGCUCCAUUCAUUGUCCAUGUCUCACGCUUGGAGUCCCAGCCUAAUGCAGCAAUUCCCACAUUUAACAUAACCCGUAUGGGUGUUGUUACUGGUGUUCCUACCGACCUCACCGAAGAAGAAGCGAUGAACUACCUCACUGUGCCCUCUGGAUGUGGACGAAUACUCAAGGUUCGUCGCAUUAGUAGGAAAAUAUUUAGAGAUGGUGUAACCGAAUUCAAGCCUACUGAAACUUGCGUUAUUACUUUCGAUGGUCAAGUACUACCUACUAGGAUAUAUUGUUGUUACACCUCUCUCCCGGUCUCUCAAUACGUAUACCCCACCAUUCAGUGCCGCAAGUGUUGUAGGUUCGGUCACGUGGAGUCUAUAUGUCGCUCGAAACCACGCUGCAGCAAAUGUGGCCACGAUCACCCUGGUGAUGGUUGCAACAUUUCUGAGGGCGAGGCAUUCUGUGUGCUCUGCUCUGGAAAUCACUAUGCUAAUAGCAAGUCAUGUCCGGAGUUAGGUAGACAGAAAGCUAUUAAGAAUCUUAUGGCUGAGAAAUCGCUUUCAUAUGCUGAGGUUAGCAAAACAAUUCCUCCUGUUUCUCGCAACUAUGCGAAUGCUGUAAAAUCUACAGUCAGUAAUUCUCAGUCUUAUCGCAAAACUGUUUACUUAAAGCCUAAGACCCAUGCUCCCCUCUCUCCUUCUUACGACAAAGUCGCUCAUCAGCAUAUUAUUAACUCUCCCCCUUCUUCACAGCCUAAUGGCUGCGCCCUCAGUAGCCCCCUUGAUGAUUCUAAUAAUUUUUCCUCUAUAAUUGAACUUCUAAGUAAAGUCCUUACAACUAUAUUAUCCAAUAAUUCCCAAAUACCGUCCAACGUCGCCCAUCAACUUGUUACUCUUUUACUGAAUAUUAAAAAUGGCGCCUCGCCAGGUAUUCCUACAGUGGAAUGUGAGGAGCGUGUUUCAUAAGAAACAUGACCUCAUAUUCCUACUCAACAAAUACAAGCCCUUGGCUUGUUCCAUCGCUGAAACUUGGCUUACCCCAAGUCUCAGCUUUCGCAUGCCACACUUUAAUAUUUUGAGAUGUGAUAGGUCUGAUGGAUAUGGAGGGUCGGCUCUUCUCAUUAACAAUAGAGUUCCGCUCUCGACCCUCUCGCUUCCGGCUCUGGAUGGUGAAAUUAACAUUGUUGCAGCUAAAUUCGAGGGUAUAACAGUAAUAUCUAUUUAUAUUUCCCACCCUCAUCAAAAUUUUUUAGCAUCAUUAAGAAACGUUUUUAAUAAUGUAGAUGGGCCUAUGCUAGUUAUGGGAGAUUUUAAUUGCCACCAUUUUAGGUGGGGCUCCAAUCGUUGUGAUGCGUUUGGGGAAGGUUUAGUAGAAAUCCUCGAUGACCUAAACCUGUGCAUCUUAAAUGAUGGUUGUCCUACCCGCAGAUCCCUUCCUGGGCAGCAAAAGAGUUGUGUAGAUCUCACAUUCUGUUCUGUAGAGUUGGCGGCAUCGUUUCAUUGGCAAUGCACUGCUCUGACGCAUGGUAGCGACCACUACCCCAUUGUUGUUACUUUAUUAAAUAAAACCUAUUUAGAGAAAAGUUCACCUCCACUUCUGAAAUACAAUCUGUCUAAACCGGACUGGUCAAGGUUUGCUUCUCUAGUGGAGGAGAAAAUUAGUGUUCUUCCAAAUUUAACUUCUGCUUUUCCACAUUCUUCUGGUCACUGCCAUGCUAAGAGUUGUUACGAGUCUUUCGUCUCAGCUAUAACAUCCAGUGCUGAUUCCACAUUCCCCCUGCGAAAUAGUGCCAAAAGCAAAAUCCCGUCACCUCCGUGGUGGGAUCCAGACUGCACAGCCGCGAUUCGCGAACGUAAGGAAGCUGAAAAACAGUACAAUGCAGCGAUGAACAACGACAACUUACUACAGUACAGACGAGUGUACGCCCGAUCCCAACGGCUUCUUCGUAAGAGGAAACGUCGUGGUUGGGUUAAGUUCUGCACCUCUCUUUCUCCUUCCACUCCGGUGUCCGCAGUAUGGAAGAGCAUAAACCGCUUCAGACGUGGGUGCUCUCCAUCAAUAUCCUCCCCCAUCACUAGACAAACCGCUGAAUCCUUUUUUAACAAAAUUGCUCCAGCCUACGUUCCCUUGUCUUCAGAAUUCGUUCACUUGCCUGUGAGUGUAGUGGAUGACCCUUUGGACGAACCAUUCACAUUGGAUGAAUUAAAUGCGGUGCUUCGUCAUGUUCGGGAUUCUGCCCCGGGCAUUGAUGGCGUACCGUAUUCAUUUAUCGUUCACGCUGGUACAAGUGCGAAAAUAUAUUUUCUUAAUAUCAUAAAUUAUUGUUAUUCUACUGGUUGGGUUCCUGAUCAAUGGAAACUCCAAAUUAUUAUACCUCUACUGAAACCCGGCAAAAAUGUUGAUGAUCCGAAUGGCCUUAGACCAAUUGCCUUGUCCUCAGUUUUGGUCAAGUUAUUUGAGCACCUAAUUAAAAAUAGACUUGAGUGGUUGGUCGAAUCUAGGGACUUACUGCCGAGUCAUCAAUUUGGUUUUAGGAAGGGACUUAGCACAAUGGACAGCGUGGCAACAUUAGUUACUGAUGUUCGUACAGCAUUUUCCAAAAUGAAUCUGUUGUAGCCGCCUUCCUAGAUAUUUCCUCCGCAUACGACAGUGUCCUUCUUCCCAUUCUCAGGCAGAAACUGCAAGAGCUGAGUCUCCCGGUCAAGAUGGUUCAAAGUAUAUGCGGACUUCUUAUGUCGCGGUCCUUGGUGCUGAGGGUACAGGGUGAGGUAUUUGAGGAAAGAUACGCAUGGAAGGGCCUUCCUCAAGGCUCUGUUCUCAGUCCGUUACUAUACAACCUGUACACAGUUGACAUUGGUUCCUGUUUGAACUCGGACUGCCGCAUUUUGCAAUACGCCGACGACCUGGCGCUUUACGUUACCAAUGCCUCAAUUGUGGACGCGGCUUCAUCACUCUGCCUUUCUUUGGACUCUCUGCACCAGUGGCUUCUAGAUCGUGGUCUGUCACUAUCUGCUCCAAAAAGCUCGGCAGUAAUUUUCUCUCGGAAACGUCUGAUCCCUCAGGUUAAUAUUUCAAUCCAAAGUCAAGGCGUUCCUGUUGUUAAGAAGACAAAAUUUUUAGGGGUCUAUCUUGAUGCAAAGUUGAGUGGGUCUGAGCACUUUGCUUACCUCGUCAAAAGGUGCGAAAGGGUAAUAUCAAUACUGAAAGUCCUUUCGGGUGUAUGGUGGGGGGCUCACCCUUACACCAUGAAACUUAUCUAUAAUGCGUUAGUUCGUAGCAUAUUAGAUUACGGCUCAUUUGUAUUGAUUCCUUGCAACAGGGGUGCCUUGGCAGCAUUAGAUAGGCUCCAGUCUCAAUGCCUUCGAAUCAUCUCAGGUUGCAUGAAAUCCUCUCCCGUCAACGCUUUGCAGGUAGAAUGCGCCGAACCUCCUUUAGCCCUGAGGAGGCAGUAUCUAGCUUCCCGUUUUCUAUCCCGAGUGGUUCCCAAAAGUUCCCACCCCCUCAUUCCUAAACUUCAAAAUUUAGAUUCCUUAUGCAGAUCCUCCAAAUACUGGGAGCAUAAAGAAAUCCCACUAAUCCUGAAAACAUACCGAUUUAUCCAAAAUUUAAAUUGCCCCAUAAACCAAAACCGCAGAUUACCCCUUUAUAAUUUUUCCUAUGAAGUCCUUUGUUUUAUUCCCAAGAUAUUCUAUAAUAUCGGUAUUUCCAAGAAUUCCCCUUCGGCUAACUCUGCCUUCAAUGCGGUGGUGGAAGAACGAUGGCUUGGGUUUCAGAGAUUUUUUACCGACGCUUCUAAAUUAACAUCCUGCAGUUACACUGGUGCUGCGGUAUAUUAUCAAAACUCUAGAAUUAUUCUAAAAUUUAAAUGUCCAAAGGAGUCCUCUGUAUUUACAGUGCCGUCCUACUAACUCAACAAGUCCUACAAGAAGAGAAAGCAAUUUCUUUUUUUUUUUUCUUAAGUUUUAUUUCUUUAUUACAUUUUAUAAUAAUAUAUACCUACUUGCUUCUCAUAUCACUUGUCAGUGGCAGAAUC